GUGUACGACAUUGUGUGCAUAUACAUACAUUGCGCUGCACACGUAUACGUUUGCGCGUAGUACGCGCGACGUCGACGCCUAGCGAUUCCCUCGACCGCCGCCGCGCGUACCGCACACAUUAUAAUAAUAUACCGCGCGCACAUAACGACGACUGCGGCGGCGGAAAAUUUAUUAUUAUUAUAUUAUUUUAUAAUCGCAGUCACGCUAGUCACAACUCACAGUCGCAGCCCGAGCGUCGCGCGUCUAAAACCAUCACGCACGCACCUCGCAGCAGUAGCGCACCCGCGUGCACGCGUAUAAUAUAGCAUCGCACAAUUUAUUGUAAAGGUUUGCUGCUAUUCACUGCGGUUUGACCGCAACAAUCAUACUAGUAUAUUCUUAUUAUCGUCGCUCUUAUUUCGGCGACACAAGGAAAUAACGACGCGCGUCCAAAUAAUACUUUACGUAUGUGCAGAUACGCACAUACGUAUUGAUAAUAAUUACAUAAUACAUCAUUGCACAUGUAAGCGUUGCAAUACCAUCGCCAUAAUAUCGUUUUGGACGUGUCAGGCGGUAUAAUACACACACGAUAUACCUGGUAUUAUACUACUACGAUACCGUUGUAAUAUUUACGCGCGCGCCGUGUAUGUACGCGAACCACCAUAGCGCGCCACGCCGUUGUGCAGCGCGGCUGAAGUCGUAGUCGCGCGCCGCCCGAACAACAAGCGGCCGAACAUGAAAAAGACGGCGAGCAAAGUGCGUGACGAAAAACUGUUGGCCGCGGUCCGCGAUCGACCGGUGCUCUACGAUCAGACGAUGCACGUGUUCAAGGACUAUGGCGCCAAGAACGCCGCGUGGAACGAGGUGGGCUCCGCCGUAGUCGGUUCCCAAGACAAACAGAGCGUGGAACGGUUGAAGGUCCGCUGGAAAACGCUACGUGACGGUUUCGUGAGGCACUUGAAGAAGAAAAAGACUAUGGAGAUGUACACCGCGGCGGCGGCCAUGCGCCCGUACAAGCUGGAGAAGCAGAUUGCGUUCCUGUUGCCGCACGUGUCCUUCCGCGACGAGGACGACAACGGAGACAGCAACGACGACGAGGACACUUCUUCGCUGCCGAUGGCCACCGACAUCAAGACCAUCGCCAACGAGUGCGAACCAUCGGCGUACGAUCAACAGGCGGUUGUUACCGAAAUGCUUUACGAACAGUCCAACAUGAUGGACAAGUCGUGCAUCGAACACGAAGCCCUGGACCGGUCCAUACAUUUCCUGUGCGACCAGCGGUACAAGCAGGCGGCCGCCACGAAUUACAAAUUAGAAGACAUGGACUCGGUGGACGCAUUUUUCCACGCCAUGGCACAAACAGUCAAACAGUUGAAACCCAUCACUGUUGCAAAAAUCAAAAAAGCAGUGUCAAUCAUUGUGUCAAACGCAGAAAUUGAAGAGAUGGAGACCACCGUCGCAUGCGGAAGGUUUCCUAUGACUGUUCCUAUCACGAAUGAACCUAAAAAGUAGAAUUUUAAGCGCUAUGUUAUGUUUGUACAAAAAAAUAAAUUUAUUUAAUUAGAACACGUACCUAUAUUAGGUAAUAAUAAUUGUAAUAUUUAAGAAUAAAUUAAUGUUAAACAUAUUUUAGUAAACAAUGUUCAAUGUUAAACUUGAUGAGUAUCACAACAAUAAGAAAUAGUAAUCAUAGUUGUGGAGGAUGCUGGAAUUAAUAUUUUUUCAAAACAUUGAGAAUAAGAUGUUGCUAAACUUAAGUAUGUGAAAAACAACAGCUCACAACUACUUUUUUUAUACUAAUGUACAGCCAUAAAUGUAUGUGAUAUUAUCAAUGCCUAUUGUGUUAUUGUGUAUAGUCUGAAUAACUACUGCAUAGUAAAUUAGUAACGGACAAAAUAAUGUAUACAUACGACUGGAUAAAUUCCCAUAAAAUGUUAAUUAUAUGUAUUUAAAAGUUAACACAUGAACAAUGAAUAGAAUAAUUUUCAAGGAAUACAAUCAUUAAUUAUGAGUUUAAAUCGCYUAAAAUMUAACAAUAAUUUAUAAAUCAUUUAAAUUCUAACAAUAGUUCAAACAUUGGAUUAAUAAAAAAAAAAAUGAUCUUUACUGAAACAAUAAAUUAUUGUUUUUUUUUUAUUAUUAUUAGCCUUCAGUCAUCGACUAAUAAAAUAUGUUAAUUGAGUAUUUUUUGUUACAAAUAYUUAAUCGACAAUUUCUGAAGAUGGAUUGUU